AUUCAGUCCAAUGAGAGCCGCUCUUCGAUUCGUCACACCCGCCGACGAAUCUCUCUCUGUUCCGUCUGUUUCUCUCUCUCUCUCUCUCUCUGUCUCUCUCUCUCUCUCUCCCUCUCCCUCCCCCUCUAUUUCUCUCCCUUUUCAACCGUCUCUCCGUCUCUAAUUUUCUUCCUCGCGGCGCGGAGGAGCGGAUAAAGAUCGACGUCGAUUUCCGAAAAAGCGGCUCGAAUCGAGUGCUCCUCUCUCGCACGGCUACCUGGAGAGCGCGAACGUACGAAGGAGCGAGCGAGCGAGCGAGCGAUCCACGACGCAAGUGCGUCGCGAUGCGUCGCAACGCGGUGUCGUAACGCGCGCGCGGCGCGUGCAUCCAGACGGUGCGUGACAGUGCGCGUGCGGUGCGCGUGCGGAAUUUCAGUGCAACCCUUCCCGGAUGGGAGACGCGCGCGCCGGGCAGGAAGAGGAUCCUCGCGGAUGGAGGAGAGGCCCGCGUCAGCCCGCAAGUUUGUUUUGACGACGGCUCACCGUGCACCGCUGCACUUGCCGCGCGAGAUCGCAGCGUCGUAAACACGCGCGCGCGCGCGCGCGCGAGACUCCUAGUGCGUACUCGCGAGCUGGAGGAGGAGAAAGACAGCGUUUGUUUAUCGAGUGAUCGAAACGACCGUUCGAACGUCGAGCGCGCGCGCAGUGCAAUCGACGGGCGAUCGUCUCAGCCGCGAGAGUGAGGUGAGAGUCGACGCGCAGGAUCGCCGGAUUCAAUUCCGAGUUUCACGGAGAUUCCGCGAUCCCGGACGGCCGAAUUUCGCAGAUCUGACUCUGAUACUUCAGAGUGCGAGUGGGCGCAGGUGUCCGCGGGUUUUGCGAACAGUUUCGUAGUCCGUCGGUCCGGGCAUUGUCCGCUGAGGGAUCCACGGCUGAUUAAUCGAAGCGAUUAAUCGGUUAACCAGGACACCCGCGCGAAUGCGAGUGCGAGCCUCGGACGGGCCGGACAGCCAGGUUGAAAUCGCGAGGGAGCGCGCUUCCUAGAGGAUAGAAGGAAGGAUUUCGCCUCGGCGAGGAAACAUGUCCCGCGGCGGUCGCAACGCGAACCGGUUGCGCGCUCUUAAAAUAGUUUCUCACGCGUAGGUAACUGGCGCGCACGCCGCCCCGCCACUGGAACACGAUGCCGGAGAGUGCCAGCAACAAGAUGGGCUUUAGCGCGUUGAUCAGCACCGUGACUAUUGUCUGCAUUAUACUUAUGAUUACCGUGACAAAACGGGCAGAAGCGUGCAAUGAGGCAGUCUGCGCAAGUGUCGUGAGCAAGUGCAUGCUCACGCAAAGCUGCAAGUGCGACAUGGACACCUGUACCUGUUGUAAGGAAUGCUUCUCGUGCCUCAGCUAUCUAUACGACGAAUGCUGUUCGUGCGUAGAUCUCUGCCCGAAGCCAAACGUCACCGAGAACCCGUUGAGCAAGAAGUCGCAUGUGGAGGAUUUCAACGAGCCGGUGCCAGCUCUCUUUCAGGCGCUCACCACCGAGGAGGAUCCGCUCCAGCGAUGGAUCCCCUUUACUUUUCCCGUGGAUUAUGACCUGUCGCUGUUUCACUCGAAAGACAAGGAUAUGACUUAUCAUAUGCAGACCAACCUCGACGGAGAGUUGCACGCGCUGAAGCCGAACGUGAUGACAGUCAACUGCACAGUCGCCUUCAUGGCGCAAUGCAUCUCUUGGAACAAGUGCAGUGCGUCCUGCCAGAGCAUGGGCGCCACCAGCUACAGGUGGUUCCACGACGGCUGUUGCGAGUGCAUAGGUGACACAUGCAUCAACUAUGGGAUCAACGAAUCGAGAUGCUUAAAUUGUCCCUUGAAAAAGGAGGAAGAUGACGACCUGAAGGAUCAGUACGACGAUUACGGUCAGGUGGAGGACGAUCUGGUUGAUGACGAGGUCAUCAACACUUAGUCAUCAUCAGACCGGCGUCUCCUGCUGCAACAAAGACCUCGCGAACAGUGUUUCGCGAGUGAUUUUUAAUCGCCGAAUCCCGGCACACGAUACCCGAUGCCGAUUGUACGUUACGGACGUGAUGAUGGUUGGAUUGAUAUUAAAAGGACUAAUAUUUUUAUUGUUUUUUGUUAUUGUGUACGAAGAUGCCUUUCGGAAGUUAUCCUGAAUUUUGUGCACUUGAGAAUUUUAUUCGUCGGAUAUCAGUCGACGCGACAGGGUGAUUCUUUUAAGACUCACCGCGGUUGAGUUCACGCGCUCCAAACUUCUGCUUUCAGAGCUCGCAGUUGUCGCAGAGUUGCGAUCUGUGCGACCGCUUACGAGCGAUCUUGAACGGUCGCGCUCAUCAUUCAAAAGUGAGUUCAUGUUGUCUUUUUUUUGUUAUCUACGAGCGACGAUCAUAGUGGGACAAAGCAAAUCUAAUUUUUUAAGAGCUCGAGAAUCUCAAACGUGGAAGUGUACAACUGCUAAAGAGAGAUUUGCAAUAAAUUUUAUCACUUAAGAGAGUUAACUUAAGUUUUAAUAUAACAUUAAGAUGCAACGAGGUUGCCGGAUAUAAGUGACAUUCUUCGCGUUUCGUCGAGAAGCGAUCCAAGUCUCCAAGCUCGGCUUGGCCUCCGUAUGCAGUUACGCAAUAUGUAAAUGUGCGUGUAACCUCUUGUCUUAUCCGCUUUUUUUUUUUUUUUUUUUCUUUAAGAAUAUACUAGGUUAUCGAGUUCUCUUUCGAGCUUAGGUUAUCGAGAGUCUUGAUUAUCGCGCGUCCGUGCCAUAAGUAAAAUUGUACAUAUAUGUCAAAUCGCUCUCGAUCAAACGUCGAAGUCGUCUUACACACGCGAGAUCCCUUCGGGAUUACCACGAGCAGGGGAGAUAACAAGUGAAUGAAGCUACGUGUAUAUUCUUGUAGAUACAUGUGUGUAUACGCUCGCG